GCGUCGCGUGGUUCAAUCAGUGGUGAACGGCGGUCAGGUUGAGUCGACUGGUUGGCUGGCUGCACUCCUCCCUGCUGCUGUAACUCUGUGAUCUACACCUCCCCACAGUGCGACGCGUCACCAUAGCACCGCCACCAUGCUGAUGUGUGCCAUGCUCCUGGUGGUCGCCGCUGCCCACGUGUCCUCCACGCCACUCCCGGACACGUCCUUUGAGCAAGGCGGAUUCGUGCCAUUGAUCGGAGGCAGAGGAUCGGGCCCUUCUACAGGUUAUAGUGCUCCUCCUCCACCAGCAUCCGGAUAUGGCGCCCCCAGAGUACAUGGUGGUGGGGCUGGACCUACAAAGACUAUCUAUGUGAACGUCCCGCAUCCUGAGCCUCCUCGACCCCUGCCUCCUAUCGCUGCCGGACCACCUCGCAAACACUACAAGAUUGUUUUCAUCCGCGCCCCCGCACCUCGGCCACCACCACAACCCAUCCUGCCGCCACGUACAGAACAGAAGACCAUCAUCUACGUGCUGCACCAACGGCCUCUGGUGCACGACCAGAAGGUCAUACAAGUGCCGCCUACGGAGACCCACGACCCUGAGGUAUUCUUUGUGCAGUAUGACCAGCCUCCAUCUGCCCAAGAGCUACAGCAACUGUCGUCUGGUAAUCUGGAAGGAUUCACCGUCACCGCACAAGCAGCAGAAAUUAAUGCUGGUCGUACUGGUGAUGAUGGAGUGGCCCUUGGCAUCAGUUCACCCGGCGGUGGUGCUGUAGGUGGGGGGUAUGGAAGUGGAGGAGGUAGUAUCGGAGUUGGUCUGCCAGGCCUGGGAAGUGGAGUUGGUCAGACUGGAUUCUCUGGAGUUGGAAGUGGCAUUGGAGGCCAGUCAGCCGAUGAUGGAUUCGCUGGGUUUGACUCAUUUGGCCCGUUAGAUGGUGCCAGUGGGUUUGAUAAUUUUUUUAGUGGCGGCUCAGUCGACAGUGAUUCCUAUGAAGAUCGACUUGGUGUAUCGGCGUGAGUGUCGUCCAUAGCCCCACUUUCUCUAGUCUUUUUUGGUGGGCGGCUGUGUGUCUGUAUGUCCGACCCCCAUACCCUCCUGCACCACCUACGUCUCUCCCUCUCUUAUCUUCAGUAGGACGCAGGUGGGUGGCGUACGAGGUGGCGGCCAGGUGGUGGGCCAUGAGACAGGUGGACACUCGGUCUCCAGUGACAACUCUUAUUAAGUUAUUGUGUCUGUACUCCACUAAUGUUAUGCUGUAAAUAUUAUAAAUAGGUCAUCAUGCAGGACACGUUAUGCUCCUCCUUAUUGUGUGGUAUAUAUCUUCCUUCUCUCCUCUCUCUCCUUCCACCCUUCUCUCCCGUUAUCCUUAUCUCCCCUCCUUUCCUUCUCCCUCUCUCCCAUUCCCUUACUUAAGUACUUACCACACUCCUUUUUCCCUCCUCAUCACCACUGGUUACUCGCCUCAC